UGGGUGGGGCGGGCCGAGCGCGGGAAACUGGGGCGCUCUGGCCGUGCGCGGCUGCAGGCCCAUCACUGGUGGAGAUGGAGUUCUCCAGUAGCCGAGCAAGGCUGAAGCAUUCCUGGCUGGCGGGAGACCGGCGGCAUCAGUAUCCUCACAGCCUGCAGUUCUACGUGGACCCCCCCACGGAAAACAUCUCACUGGUGGAGUUUGAGAGCUUUGCCAUCGACCGCCUGAGGCUGCUCAAAGUAGUUGAAAGCCUUGGUGUGACCUAUGCAAGAGGGAACGAUUCAUACAAAGCUAAGCUGGAGGCUGAGCUCCGGAAACUCAAAUUUCCCUACAAAGCUUUGGCAGAGGACGAUUAUGAGGCAAGACGAAAAGACCAUAUCUCUCAUUUCAUAUUACGCCUUGCUUACUGUCAGACCGAGGAUCUCAGGCGUUGGUUUCUUCAACAAGAAAUGGAUCUCUUGCGAUAUCGCUUCAAUCAACUAACUGACUCUUUAAGACAGAAAUUUCUGGAACAUGUUAACUUAUCCUUUGAAGCUGUUAGUGAAGACCUGAAAAAUGAGUUGGCGCAUGAGCUGCUUACAUCAACCCCUGGACUCAGUAUGAUUAAAGUAAAAGAACAAAUGUUCUAUAAGGUCGGACUUGUAGAUGCUGUGGAUCUGUUUAGAGCCAGAAAAGUGUUUAUUAAAGAUGGCUUUGCAUAUGUGCCACUUAAGGACAUUGAUGCAAUUGUUUUGAAUAACUAUAGAACAAAGUUAUCGAAAGCACUCGCGCUGACUGCACGAUCGCUGCCAUCUAUACAAUCUGAUGAGAGACUACAACCUCUACUUAAUCAUCUCAGCCAUUCUUACGUUGGCCCAGAUUACAGUGUGCAAAAGAACACUGGAAAAAUUUCCCUAGAACAGAUCGAUGCUCUUUCUGUGAAGUCAUUCCCUAUUUGCAUGCGGCAGUUGCACAAAGCCCUACGUGAUAACCAUCAUCUCCGUCAUGGAGGCCGUAUGCAGUAUGGGCUGUUCUUAAAAGGCAUUGGCUUGACUCUGGAACAGGCACUAGAAUUUUGGAAGAAAGAGUUUAUCAGAGGAAAAGUGGACGCAGAAAAGUUUGACAAAGGAUACGCUUACAGCAUUCGCCACAACUAUGGGAAAGAAGGAAAGAGAACUGAUUAUACCCCAUACAGCUGCAUGAAGAUUAUCAUGUCCAAUCCACCAAGUCAAGGGGAUUAUCAUGGGUGCCCAUUCCGCCACUGUGAUCCUGAACUCUUGAAGCAGAAACUGCAAUCAUAUAAGAUCCCUCCCAGUGGAGUAACUCAGAUCCUGGAAUUGGUGAAAGGGAUGCAUUACCAGCUGGCCUGUCAGAAGUACUUCGAGUUGACGCAUGAUGUUGAUGAUGUUGGGUUUUCUUUGAAUCAUCCUAACCAGUAUUUUAUGGAGAGUCAAAAGCUACUGAGUGGUGGUAGAGAACUGAAGAAGGAACUAAGUAACCCAGGAAACACUCAGCAAAAAACUAAUAGUCAGGAAAGCAUGAACUCAAAUUCUGGUCCCACCUCUUCAAAUACAACAGCUGAUGCAGAGCUGGAAGGACUGGAGGCAUACUUCACUGAAGACUAAGCAGCUGUGUUAUUUGGGUGUUUCGUUUUGGUUUUUUUUUUUUCUUUCUUUCAUUCUUUCCCCUCUGUAGCUGGAUUUGUCCCAAUAUUAAAGAACAUGCACUUCACUAUGAGGAAGGCACAGGCAUUUGACACUUUGAAUAGCUUGAAGAAAAGAAAGGCAGAUGCUGCAGCUUUAAUUGCAUCCAGUACUUAUUCUUGCUGCUUUAGGACACUGUUUUAUAUGGCAUGUUGAAGGAUGGGGAAUGAAAGUUCCUUCCCAGUUAUUAGGUGAUUUUAAUCUGACUUACCUGUUUUGUUUUCCUUCAAAAUGUUUAAAUAUUUCAGUCCCAUUUUUGUGGUCACGUUUAUAUGUUUCUUCUUAAUAAACAA